AAAACCGUUACGUGGAGUCUCAGCCCGUCCCUUCCGCCUGUCCAAUCGCGAUAACCUCCUCGGAUGGGGGCGUGGCCAUGGAACCCCGUUCUCUCGGGGGCAGGCGCUCCGCCAGCUACUCGCUAUGCUGCGUCACUUCCGGCGUGUGCGUCUGGCGUCUGUCCGCCGGGCGAUGGCGGCCCUGAGGAGCUGGAUGUCUCGGGGAGUAACCUCCCUGUUCAGGUACAGACAGUGUGUUCCUGUCUUGGCUAACGCUAAGAAACGCUGUUUCUCAGAAUUGAUAAAACCAUGGCACAAAACUCUGUUAGCUGGAUUCGGUGUGACCCUUUGUGCAGUUCCUGUUGCUCAGAAAUCGGAGCCUCAUUCUCUUAGUAAUGAAGCAUUAAUGAGGAGGGCUGUGUCUUUGGUAACAGAUAGCACCUCUACCUUUCUGUCUCAAACCACAUAUGCACUGAUUGAAGCAAUCACUGAUUAUACUAAGGCUGUUUAUACGUUAGUGUCUCUGUAUCGACAAUAUACAAGUUUACUUGGGAAAAUGAAUUCACAGGAGGAAGAUGAAGUAUGGCAGGUGAUCAUAGGAGCCAGAGUUGAGAUGACUUCAAAACAACAAGAGUACUUGAAGCUGGAAACCACUUGGAUGACUGCAGUUGGCCUUUCAGAGAUGGCUGCAGAGGCUGCGUACCAAACUGGAGCAGAUCAGGCCUCUAUAACUGCCAGGAAUCACAUCCAGUUGGUGAAAUCUCAGAUACAGGAGGUACGCCAGCUCUCCCAGAAAGCAGAAACCAAACUGGCUGAAACACAGACACAAGAGCUGCACCAGAAAACACAGGAGGCUGGGGAUGAGAGGGCAGACCAGGAACAGGAGGCCUACCUGCGUGAAGAUUGAGGGCCUGAGCCCACUGCUCUGUCUGCCGACUCAGUGGGGGAACAGGUGGACGGCAUCCACCUAGUGUCUCAACUCUGCAGGCGCAGGAAGUCGUGUCUGUGAGUCAGGCCAGAAGCCUUUUGUGCUGUGAGUGCCUGACCACUUCCUCUCAGAUCUUAACCUUUACUGGUUCUUAGUCCUUGGGCGUCGUACCCUAUUUAACAUUGUACCCCCUCAGCACAGCUCCUCUUUUUACCUCACACCCACCCUGGCCAGCGAAGGGGGGGGGCUUUUUCUGUCACAUCUUAAGUUCAAUAGCUGUUUAGCUUUAGUUUUUAAUCUUAUUCAGACUUUUAAGUAUGAUUUAGUAUUUGCUCCCUCCACAAGAAAAGAGGGAGUCUGUCUUUUUAAAGUGUUUGCAAUACCUUUUCUCCCUGUGAACACAGCUCAUGCCAAGGAAAGGAGUCAAGUUAUUUAGGGAUAAAUGUAGUAUCCACCUGGUGCUCCCCAAGAGAACUGACUCUAACACAUGCUUCUUGUUUCAGUCCUUUCCUUUGAGUUUCUUUACUGUAUCCAAAGGAAGAGAGGUUUGAUGUUGGCAUUUUUUAAAAAAGUUAAAUUCUGAGGCUCUCAUGUAGCAUCUUUCCUUCACUGCCUAGGUGGUCAGAGCCAUAAGGGACCCUGUGGUUUCCCCCAUAGAUUUCCGGCAGCAGAUGCUCCCAUUCAGCACAUGUUGGACAAGUUUGCCAGGUUUCAGCAUUUUCAAUCAGAGUGAACAAAGUGGAAGAUAUUAUAAAAAUAAAGAGCAUUUCCUGCAGA